AUGAAAUAUGAAAUUAAUAAUAUAACAACACAAUUGGGAUUAUACGGUUCUUGCGUACAUGAUAACAUUAACGAAAAUUUUAAAUUACAAGAUCUUGAAAAUUUGUUUACUUGUACAAAAGGUGGUCUCAUUGGCGAUUUUGGACAUUCUGGUACAAGAUUCCUGGGGGCUAUGCAUCCAAUUGCCUUAAUAGUAUCAUUAGUAUUGGUUAUUAUUGGCAUUGUUUCAAUUUGUAAUCCUUCUGAAGAUGGUUGUAUUCAAAGAGUUUUUGCAAUCAUUUCUAUAAUUGGAUCUAUCGUCAUUCUUUUAGCGAUUAUAGGUGAUAUCCUCAUUUUUAAAGAUGAUAAUAGUCAAAAAGAACAGUUUGAACAAAACUUUAAUAAAACUACUGGUGGAGUGAUAAGUCCUAAUAAAAAUUUUGGACCAGGAUUUGGCCUUGCAAUUGCAGAUUUGAUAUUCAUGUUGAUAUCCAAUUGUUUAGCCUGCAGAAGUCGAAAUUUAACUGUUAAAGUAAAACAAAAGGGUUGUUGUUUUUGUUAA